AUGGUCACGCACGUGAAUGAAAUCGCGAAGUUCGGUGAUGAGCUCAGUUCGGACGAACAGAACCUUCUCAGUACUGCCUUCAGGAACGUGGUCGGCACUCGCCGUAGUGGUGAGAAUCAUGUUGCUACCAUCCGCGAAUAUCGCCACAAGAUCGCCAAUGAGCUUAAGGAGGUCUGCCAUGAUAUUUCGAAGUCUAAGGUCCUCUAUUAUAAGAUGAAGGGUGACUAUAGUCGUUUUCUUGCCGAAUCCGCGUGGGGUGAACAGCGCAAUAUUGCCAUCAGUUCUGCCCAGGCGGCCUACAAGAUCGCCACUGAUAUUGCUCAGAUCGAGCUCGCCGCCACCCACCCUUUGCGCCUAGGCAUGGCUCUGAACUUCUCUGACUUCUACUACGAAAUCCAGAACUCGCCCAAUCGUGCCUACCACCUUGCCAAGCUGGCCGUUCAUGAUGUCCUUGCCAAGCUCGACUCCCUGUCCGAAGAACCUUUUGACGACUGCAUGUUCACCAUGCAAACUCCUCUUUGGGAAUCUGACUAUUUGGGCGUCUUCGGAGAUUGA